AUGAAGUUCCCUUCUCUUUGGGAAGGGGCCUCACUGAAGACCCUUCUCCUCUUCUCUGCCAUCUUCCUGAUCCUAGCAAGUUAUCUGCAGAGGAGGAGGCGCCACCCUAACUCCCCGCCUGGCCCUUUUCGGCUGCCCUUACUGGGCAACACCUUUCACAUGGAUGUUAAAAAACCUCACAUAUCCCUCCAAGAGACUGUCAAGAAAUAUGGAAAUAUUUUCUCCUUGGAACUGCUUGGUUCUCCUGUUGUAGUCGUAACUGGAUUGCCACUGAUCAAGGAAGUCCUGGUCAACCAAGGCCAUGUGUUUAUUGAUCGCCCCCACACUCCAUUGCGGUCUUAUAUCUUUAAAACAUUUGGCUUAAUCAUGUCUAAUGGUCAAGAGUGGAAAGAUCAAAGAAGAUUCACCUUAAUGACCCUAAGGAAUUUCGGCUUGGGAAAGAGGACCCUGGAACUUCGGAUCCAGGAAGAGGCCACAUGCCUCACUGAGGCUAUCAAGGAAGAAAAAGGACAGCCCUUUGACCCCCACUUUCCAAUCAACAAUGCUAUUUCCAAUGUCAUCUGUUCUGUCACUUUCGGGAAUCGCUUUGAGUAUCAUGAUUCCCAGUUUCGGGAGCUGCUGAAGAUCUUGGAUGAAGUCAUAGUCCUUCAAACCAGGUGGGAGUGUCAGCUCUUUGAAAUAUUUCCUUGGAUAAUGAAAUACUUGCCAGGAGCUCACAAGAAGCUCUUUAGAGAAAUGAAGAAGCUGGAGUCUUUUGUAUUGGAUAUUAUCAGACAACACAAGGAAAACCUGAACUCAGAGGAGGCUCAUGACUUCAUUGAUGCUUACCUGAAGGAGCUGUCCAAGUACUCAGGUAACGUCAGCCCUAGUUUUAAUGAAGACAAUUUAGUCUCGUGCACCCUGGACCUCUUCUUUGCUGGAACAGAGACAACUUCGAGCACUCUGCGGUGGGCUCUGCUGUAUAUGGCAUCUUAUCCAGAGAUCCAAGGCAAAAUACAAGAUGAGAUCGACAGGGUAAUUGGCCAGUCCCGACUGCCCACCAUGGCCGAUAAGGAGAACAUGCCCUACACUAAUGCGGCCAUCCAUGACGUUCAGAGAAUGGGCAACAUUCUUCCUUUCAAUGUGCCUAGAAUGGCCAGAGUUGAUACCACAGUGGCAGGGUAUCACGUACCAAAGGGGGCCUUACUGGUGACCAAUCUGACUGCCUUGCACAGGGACCCCAAGGAGUGGGCUACCCCUGAUACCUUCAACCCAGAACAUUUUCUGGAGAAUGGCCAGUUUAAGAAAAGAGAGUCCUUUCUGCCUUUCUCAGCAGGGAAGAGGAUCUGCCUGGGAGAACAGCUGGCUCGUGCUGAGCUCUUCAUUUUCUUCACUUGCCUGCUUCAGAGAUUCACUUUCCAGGCUCCCCCAGACACCCAGCUGAGUCUGGACUUCCGAAUUGGCCUGACCCUAUCUCCUGUCUCCUACAAAAUCUGUGCCCUUCCUCGGGAGACCCAGCCCAAGCUUGGCCCAUAG